AUGACGGUUGUUACCCAACAACUUCAGCAGCAAUCUCAGAUUUCGCAGCAACAUCCUUUCAAGCAACAAGUACAAAAUCAGCUUUUGAAGAAGGAUUUCAAUCAGGGGGUUAUCUCUUGCGCAAACGUGCAAACUGAGAACCAGCGGACCACCUUUUCAACUCCUCAGAUGCAGUCUCCCCGGCAGACUGUCAUGAAAACACCUUCUGUUAUGCAUCUUUCUUUGGGACAGUCAGUUCCGUUACCUGGUCUUCCACAGAAUCAGCAGUAUUCUGUUAGACAGUCUAAACAACCUUUACUUGAGCAAGAUCCUCAGUCUUUAAGGAAACAGCAACAGCCACAACAGGCUCCAGUUAAUAAUCAAGAAGUGCCAUUGCUGCGACAACUAAUGUUGCCACCAGAGCAGCAACAACAGUUUAUGGGACAGCUACCAGAUUCAACUGACAUUCAACUGGACCAAUCAAAGGGGAAACAAAAAUGUGCCUUUGACAUGCAGCAUCAGAAGUUAUUGGUCCACAACGACCAUUCAACUCCACAUCCACAACAGUUGGGCCAGCAAAGUAACACAUCUAGGUCCAAUGGAGCACAAUCUGUGACACUAGAUUCAAUAUGUGAGGCCAGACAAGAAAACGACGAUGAUUUGCAAGAGGAGGUCUAUCAAAAGGUUACAGCUAUGAGGGACAUAUACUUUCCAAAACUCAGGGAAGCCCACAAAAAGUUUCUUCAUCUUGCAAGAUCUUCUCAGGUCAAUUCUCUUCCGGAACAAGAAAAGACUGCCCAUCUCGAGAGGUUCAAAAAGAUAGCAAAUGCAUUUAAGUAUUACGGAACAUUUUUACACCUACCCAAAAAUAAGCUAUCAACAGAUCACAAAAGGAUGGUGGAUGUGAUUGAGAAAAAGAUCAUUGAUUUUCUUAAAUUCGCUGGGCCAGAAAAGUCCAGUUCUUCACUGCGGCAGCAUGUGCCCCAACCCCUUGUGCAGUUAUCACAAAUGUCUAUGCUGCCACAAUCUCAAAAUCCUCAAGGUGAUCCUUGUGGAAACCAAAUCAAUCCCCAUUUUCAAUUGAACAACUCGUGCUCUAAAAUUGAAAUGCAAAAGAAUAAUGUGACAAGCUUGCAGCAGUCUGCGAUUUUAUCUGACACCACAACUUCACCGCAGACCAUAAUGAAUUUGCAACAGCCUUGUAGAAAUUUGGAUGGAGAACAAGGGAUUGGUUUUAGUUCAUUUAUAAAAUAUUCUGCAAGUGACCCUCAACCCAACACCGUUUUGUCACAAAGUCUGCAGAACAUUAAUCCCUUUGAAUCGCAUACUAUGCUUCAGAGCAUGCAUCUCAAAUCACAGAAUGACCAACAACCAAUUAAGGCUCAAGAUGCAAAGAAACAGCUUCAGCAGUGCAACCAAACACAUGUUCAUCAGAUGAACGAAAUAGACAACCAGAAAGUGAUACAAAGCAUGGAUGUUAAAGGGCAGGUUCUUUUGCAAUAUCCCUUAGCAGGCCACCAUUCAAUGAAUAACCAUCACCAAGUGAAGUCAGAAUCUCCAUCCCCUCUCUCUUCACCCCAACUUCUUCAGGCGGAGGCAUCUCUUCAAAUUCCUCAACAUUCCUCUACAUAUGUUGACCAGAAAAAUUUGCAGAGAUCUCUUGAAAAAGCGGGAACCCCUUUUCCAUCUCUGGACUUAUCAGCUCCUGUUCCUUCUCCUUCAUCUUCCUUGUCUCCAUCCUCCAUUAAAUGGAAUUCUGAAAAACUUACUUCAAGUAUUUGCUCACUCUCAAAUUAUGCAAGUAUUGGACUUCAACAAACAACUGAUGGGGCAGCAUCAGCCACACCCCUUUUGAUACCCACUCCUGGAUCAUCAGCCUCGCCUUUGCUUGCAUUGUGUAAUGAUCUGGAUGGAAAUCAUAAUAGCAUUCUACCAACUGAUGGUUGCGACUCUAGUGUUUCCAAGCAGCCUUUUCAGCGCCUACUUAAAGCGGUGAGAUCAAUGUCGCAUGAAGCAUUAAGUGCUUCUGUUGGUGGCAUGGAGUCAGUUGUCAGUAUUGUUGAGAGGACAGCUGGAUCAACUCCAGGUGAUGGAUCUAGGAUGGCAGUUGGUGAGGAUUUGGUUGCCAUGACUAAUUGUCAUUUGCAAGGAAGAAAUUACACCAUGCCAGUUGGGAUUGCUGGAAGAAAGAGAGCCAGGUGCUACACAAUUGAAGUGCCCUCAAAUACUGUUUCAUCAGUAAGCAGCAUUAAUGAUAGUGUCAAGCUGUUGACUAGCUACGAGGCAUCUGACUUGGAGUCAACUGCAACAUCUUAUAGCAAGAGGCCAAGGACUGAGGUCAAUUAUUCUCUGUUGGAAGAAAUAAAAGAGAUAAACCGGAAAUUGAUAGAAACUGUGGUUGAUAUCAAUGCUGAAGAUGUCAAUUCAAUGGUGGCCACUUCGGUUACUGAAGGUAGUGAAGGGACCAUCGUCAAGUGUUCUUAUAGUCCGGUGGCCGUCAGUCCUAAAUUGAAUUCACAGGAUGCAUCAUUAAAACUGGUACCUAUCAAGCCCCUACAGUUACUUGUCCCGACAAAUUAUCCAAGUUGCUCCCCAAUAUUCCUAGAGAAGUUAUCCGCGGAAACCAGUACGGGUGAUGAUGAUCUCUCAGCGAAGGCAAAAUCAAAGCUCGAUGUAUCUCUCCGAACCCUUCGCCAACCUAUGUCACUUGGAGAGAUAGCAAAGACGUGGGAUGCAUGUGCUCGCACAGUUUUUUCCGAAUAUGCACAGCAGCAUGGUGGAGGGAACUUCAGCUCAAGAUAUGGAACUUGGAAGAACUGCCUAACUGAUGCUUGA